AUGCACGACGCCGACGCCUCCAAGCGUAUCAAGGCCCUCACCAAGGACAACUAUGCGUCCUGGGCUGUGGACUUCAGCGCUCUAGCUCGCUCCAAGGGGUUCUACAGGCUUUUGAAGGGUACUGAGACGCGUCCUCAGGAUCCUGACAAGGCUGAGGACUGGGAUACUCGCCAGGAGAAGGCAGCUGGCGAGCUCAUGCUCUCCCUGUCUGAGGAGCAGCGCAUCCAUGUCAAGGGCAAGGAGGAUGACCCCACUGCUAUGUGGGACGCUCUCCAGGCUGUCCAUCAGCAGAAGAUCCCUGGCACUCGCUUCAACGCUUUUGACGACUUCUUCGCCCUUAGGAAGCGUCCUGAGGAGUCCCUCAGCUCCCUCAUUGCUAGGGUGGACACCCUCUAUGCCAGGAUCAAGGAUCUUCGCCCUCCUGCCUACACCCUCGACUCUCUGGACCAGGAGCUGGCCUGCAUGGCC